CUCUCACUAACAAACUUCACUCAUUUCACACUCCUACAUCUAGACCAUUUCAUGCCCCCUUCAUCCACCACCCCAUGGAUACAUAUACCAUAUAUUCUCCGGGAGCGAUCCAUUUAGAACUUCAUUCAUAUUGAGUGACGGCAUGGUACCACUAUCUGACGACGCAUAUUUUUAUCUCAAAUUUCAAUUCUCAACAUGUAGUGUACCAAGUAGAAAGAAGAAAACUAAUGAAAAUUGUCAUGGAUCCCAGCCACCUUCGAUAAGUAUGUACAGAAUAUGUAAUGUACGUACUUUACGGAGUACUUUCAUGUAUACAGAACAAAUGCUUUUCUCCGUAGCAUUUGUGUUGUUGAUGGAUGUGUUGGCAAGCAACAGCACAAACCUUAACAAAGCAGAAGCACGAGCUGAACACAGCGAGAAUAGGAUAUCCAUCUGAUUUGAGAUAGGAUUGGAUAUGCGUCUUAUGAACAUAUUGUAGAAAACCAUUUCACUUGCCGUAAGUACUUUGGCCAUGCAAAUAACCCUUUUGCAGCUGUCAUCGGUGGUUCCACAGCAUAGUCACGAUGGCAAGACAACUUAUUCAUAGGUCAGCCUCAUGUGCAUUCUCCCCUUACAGCUCUUUAUACGAAGGUACAUUUUGCUCCCGCGUGGCGGCAGGCAUCGAACCAAACCUCCAUGAUCUAUCCAACCCACCAUCGUCUAGCUUAUUAGCAAAUUUUAGAACGACCUGCCAAAACACCCGCACAUACCACACCCGAAUUUGGUGUAAUUUCGUCCUUUGUCAUGAACGGAAGAUCCACCCCCCCUCUUCAAAAAAGAAAACACAUUGAGAUAUUCUAAUUAUUUUGAUUCUUGUCUCCAUCUGCACAAGCUUGCACCAUAUUUCAAGAGACCCUCCAUGACCACUCACUUGCCAUUCGAUAUUAAUUUCUAUUAGGCUUUAGUAGUAUGAGCCGAUGCACUCGGACUACCGAACUGCAUCGAACUGCAUCUGUCCGUGAGCUCACUGGUCAGACACCAGCCAAAUUGAAACGAUUGAACGAAUUUCCGAAAUCGAACACUAGCCUUCAUAUCAAACAUGUCAUUCUAGAACAAAGGGAAGUUUGUUUGGUGGUUCUUGACUCUUGAAUCAUGCAAAUUCAAACAAAUGUAUCUUUUGAUUUACGGAAACAUUGGCCAAGUCAACUCCGUGAAUGAUUCUACUCCAUAUGUUCCACACUAUGAUUUUUCGCAUCGCAUCAGCUUCCCAAAGUAGCUUGUGUGGAGAGUUGGGGUCAAUCGUGUGUUGUAUCAAUUGUGAUUCACCAUAACCCGGGUGAAGAAGAUCCAAGUGUUCAGAUGAUGAACCCCAUAUAAAGGAAAUCUCGAAACAUGGCGGACCACUCUGCCACACGGCCACCAUGCAUGGGUCUAAAAUUUCCCUACCGAGCACAAGGGCCAAGAAUUCUAUGGGUUCACCCAUAAACAGACAAAACUCGACCAGAGAGACCCCUGGACUACUAUCGACAAGGCUCCGAAGAUGGGACCCAGUUCUAGUAACUUACCCAGUCAGCAUGGAAUAAGUGUAUAACAAGAGUAAAGAGUGUGGGGAAUCUCAACUUCAAACACUAGACAAAGUUCCGUUUUGCUAGUGAACUCAAUGCACUCAGUGCCACUCAUGCAAGUUCACCACUGCUAGCCCCCGGAUUGGUUCUUCACUCCUCACUGACCUUGCUUCAUAUCCAACAUUCAAUGUCUUUGCAGUACUACUUGGGGUUAUGUCGGUCGCCGCCAGUUGCAGUCUUCCUCUGUUGUUUCCUCACCAGUAUCCGAUCGCGCUUUCCCGAAGUAGCCCUACUUCAUUCAUAGUAGUCUCAAUCAUCGUCCUUGGCUUCGUCUUAUUUUCCUGACCAUUUAUUCGCCUGACUUCGGAAUUCAUUUUGUUUGUCAACUCAUCUCGACGUCAGCAUAUUCCGGACCUUGAUAUCCUCGAUAAAGUGUAUUGUCAACAGUUCAACAGAGACUUUAGAUCAAAGGCUAAGAGUAAACACUUGAGGUAUUUGACAAUCGACGUCGUAUUGCCUGAUAUAUUCAUUCACCGAACAAGCAGAUAGCUACUGUCCAAGCUGGCAUCGACGUUUCGACGAGACUUGAAGGCAUAGACCAUCUCAUUGUUUUCUCCUGUUCUCUAGCAGAUCCACAACUUGAUUACAUCAGGUCAGAUGUUUGGACGAUAUUAACGAUACACCAAGCUUCACAGUAGGUGUUUCGAAGGUUUCCGAUGAGGUCAAUGCAUUGUCGGAUGUCGAUCUACGAAUUAGCUUAGCCCUGUCAAUUCGCAAGAGCAUUUGGGAUUGGCACCACUGCUAUUUUGCAGUAUCACUCUAUUCAAGUCAAUCUGAACUAGGAAGACUCCUUGUCAGUCAAGUCCUUUAGAUCAGUACGAGGUCUGAAACAACCGACAUCAUUCAUAUACUUUAUUGCCACAUAUCCUCGUUGACCUUCUUCUGAAUUGAAAGGUCUUUCAAGUCGACAAGCCAUCUUCUUAUCGAAUCGACAAAGAGUCUAACUGAUCGAAACCCUUCUCACAAGUUUGCAAGGCAUAGAAGAAAGGAGCGCCGAUCGCCAGAAAGCCUACAUGAAAGGAAAGGCACAGGAAUAACAUCCUGCAGCGCGGAGGAUAUAUUCAUUUGAAGUUCAGAGAAUCUCAUCCCUUUCAAGAUGGACGUUACAUCAUUGUUGAAUUCAAGCAGUGUUGCUGCUGAGCAGCAAAAGAAUCAAGGAGAGAAAUUCGUUCUACCAUCGAGAAAUCGAACUCCAUGGGACGCAAAUGGCUAUUCACUGCCAAUCAACGCAUCAAAUCAUACGAUUAAUAUUAAAGAAUUCGGUACAGGAAAUGAGUUGAGUACGGUGAACGCCAUGAACCCGAAAAUUCACUUCUAUGAUUCGCAUAGGAUGGAUUUAGAAAAGUCACCUCAUCAUAAAUUUUCUGAUAGUCGGAGCAGUUUGUCUUCCUUUACUUCAACAACCAACUCAACUACACCCUCUUCUUCGAACCACUCCAGAUUUAGUUCUUUCAGUACCAUCAACAGUAGCUAUCCGAUUACUUCUUUGCACAGUCACUGCAAAUCUUCAUCGGAGAAUUCUACAGAUUUAAGUUGUUCUCCUUAUUCCUCGAUUACCCAUCAAAGCAAAAUCGAGUCGCGUUCUGCCCCGACCUCCCCACACGACAGGAAGAUCAGCAUCAUGGUUUCCAGUCCAACAGAAAACCUUGAUGCUUUAGCCACCUUAGCUGAGCAAGAGUCUUCUCGUUCGUCCCCUGAGAAUAAAGGUGUCCGAUCUCAAAGCAUGGCAGCCGCACCAGGAGCUUCGCUGACUGACUCUGCUGAUUCCAUCAAAGAGUCGGAUAGUCGACCUGAUUCUCCAAGUGAUGCUAUGUUGAUCAGACGCCCAGAUCUACCACGCUUGAAUACUGAUGCAAGUGAUAACGGCUUUGAGUCAGAUCAGUAAGUUAUACGCUUGAUACAAUUUCAUCAUCCUAUGUUUCUUCCCAUCCAAUGUUGUUUAUACUAUCGAUUUAUCAGCUCAACUAACAUCAACUCAGUAGUAGCAAUUAUUAUCGCAGCGCUCAGCUUGAGUUUAAUCAUGGAGCCAUGCAUCCUACAUUGCACAAGCGAAACAUUUCUGCACCAAUUUUGCGCCGACCAAGCCGUGUUUCAGCAUCUGGUGUUGGUCCAAUUCCCGAACUCACGCCACCCAACUCUACCCGUCUUGCGAACCUUCCAUCACCUCUAGAUGAUGGAGAUGAGGAUGCAGAGGGCGACCCAGCUACACCACCACCAGCAGAUGGGGAUGCAGACACUAUUCCUGAGUGUAUGUACAUUCCCAAUUGUGACACGGGUUCGCAACCUCGCAAGGCGAUCUCACACAUCUUUGGUCGAAACAAGAUGUGUACUAGGUUGAUUCCACAAUCUGUUUGGGUCCACUAUUGUCGCAAGCAUUAUCAACGCUCCCGUUAUCGUAAUCCUAAGGAGUAUGCCAAGCUACAAUGUGAUUUGGUACAACAGCAAAUUCGUCGUGUAUACGACUGGUCUUCACAAAACUUGCGUCGCGGUGAACCAGGUACUAUCAAAGACUGGGGCAUAGCUAUUAGAAAGCGUGAGCAGAAGCGGUUGGAUGAGCUCAAGGGUUCGGGCCGAAAGAGACGUGCUUCUACCUUGGAUGAUGAGGAAGAGGGCGACGAAGAUGCACAGGGUCACCGUCCACCAACAGCUGUUCCAGAUUGGCUUCUUCAUGUCAUCGGAACAGGUUAUUCCACCGAAGAGAUUCUGGAAAUUUUCAACCGCCUCCACCAAGAAGUUCUUGAAGACCUCUUACCUUGUUUCCCAGACAUUGAGAUUCUUCCAAACAUCACCGUCGACCAAGAUGAACCAAAGUCUCCCAAGGGCUAUACAAAGCGCAAGGUAUCAUCUGCCGGUCACAAGCGCUCCCAAUCUCUUGGUGUCGGUGCUAUGAAGACACAAAGCUACAGCUCUCCUGCCGGAAAAGAUCGAAAAAUGAGUCAACCAGUCCAAUACCAGAGCCCAAAUAAUGGAGUUCCUGUCUACAGCGCCACCAUGAAGCGUCGUCGUCCUAAUCCAGGCGAUGCUAAUUCUCAACAUAUGCAAUUUGCACCACUCUCAACAGAUGUCGAGCGUCGUCGCAUGUCAUUCCAGCCUGCUUUCCCUAGCUUUGAUCGAAUUGAUGAAAAUUAUCAAUCACAUAUCGGUGACAAUGACUUUGAAUUCCCGAGGAGUCGUCACAGUGGUCGGUCCUCUUCUGUUUAUCAAUCGCCAUUGGCGGCACCAGUUGCCCGUCCUUUGGGUAUCCAUCAAAACCAAGUGGAGACACAGAUUCAACAGAUGGAGACCGGUGGUGCUAGCUUCAGCAUGAAUGGCGGCAUGGGAACGGGUAUGAGCAUGGGUAUGCAAAGUAUACUACCCAAUCGUAGUCGUCCUCAACACCAACGUUCGCAUUCUGAUUUUGUGGUUCCUCGAACUGCAAUGCAACAAAAUAUGAUGUCUGGAACUGCUAUGCAGCCAAACCUCAUUUCUUCCCAGAACUUCAACAACAAUAUUGAAUUCUCAACCCCUCAAUAUCAACAACCAAUUUAUGGUCAAUUGAAUGAGUCUCACCAACAACAAGGUGUUCGCCAAAACUCUUACCACAUGCAGCAAGGUCGUCGUCAAUUUGCUGAACAACAACACCAACAACAACAGUUUGCCCAACAGCAACAAUUCCAUCGACAACCUUCAGCAACUAGCAGCGUUGGCAACAGCCCUGACAUAAGUUCAGUCGGUCAAACCAGUAACCCCGCUCUUCAACAAGGUUUUCAAGCCAGUCCCAGACGAACUCAAAGUUCCCAGAUGCGAGGCAAUCAGAUGUUUGAUGAGAACACCACCAGGCGUCGUAAAUACGACCAAGGCAAUUAAUAUUAUAAGGCAAUCGAUUUUUCCAAUCAUUGAUUUUGAUUCCUUUCCGGUUUUGGGACGAUUGUUUAAGGGCGCAAAUGGCUUUAUGAUACCCAUUUGCACGAUUCAAGUUACUGCUUUGUUUUCUCUGUUCUGUUCUAUUAUGGUUCUUUCUACAUCAGACUAUCGCAUUCAAUCAACCAGCUUUUACAAUCACUUGUGUGGCGAUCUGAUCCUUACAGCCCGAUCUUGAAUACUCUCCUCGAAGCUUCAAUCAGACGAUGAGUAUACUGUUAUGAUUUGCGCAUUCGGAAAUUUCGGAUUAGAUGCUUCAGAUUGCGUCUGAUUUCUUUGAUAUCACUGUCACGUAUUUACUUCAUCGGGAUGUGAUUCAUGAAAACAUAACGUCUAAUGUUCUUCGAUGAUAUGCAUCAGGUGUACUAUUUCUUUUGUUUUUCUUUUUCUUUUUGGUCUGAAGUCUCGUCUUCAGAUAAGCGGGUUUCUUUUUUGCGUAGUUUUAGGAGGUAGAUCGAUAGCAUAUAUGGAAUGGAUUGGAUUGGAUUGAGGAUGGGAAAUGAAUACGGGCGUUAAAAAUGCAUGGUGGAGUAUGGAUUGAUUGAUUGAUUGAUGGUUUGAUGCAUGCCGAUGAUCAUGAAUCGAUGGAUGGAUCAAUGAUGGAUUGAUUGGAUAUCACUUUCUUUUGUUUGUUCGUCACUUUGCAUGGUUCUCAGCGCGUGGAUUUGUUUUCUGCUUUUUUUUUUGGGUUUUUUUUGGGGACUCGUGGCAAGCAAGCAUACAUAUAGGAAUACAUACAUACAUAUGAACAUAUGAAUACAUAGGACAUAGGAUAUAAGAUAUAAGAUACAACCCCUCAUCAGGUAAAUGAUGUGUAAUUAAUAGAUAGGUAGAUAGGUAGAUAGU